AUGACUGAGCCAGGAGCGAAGCCACAAAGUUCUACAGACGACCUGAAGCAGAUUAAUGAAGGACCUCAAUGUGGUAGUAAUCUGACCCGCCAAGGACUGCGUCCAUGCGACGACACUCAUCUGAGAGCCUUCGAUCAUGCAAGCCCAGGAAAAGAAGACUUUUCGCCCCCCUCGCCUCUCGCGAUGUCGACCGUAGGCAGACCGAAUACUCUGCAUGCGGACGGUCUGAAGCGAGCAGGCUUAGAAGAGGGCGCCGCAGUUAGGAAUGGAGUCGGCUUGCCUGGUCCUGCGAGCAAAGCAACCAUUAUUGAAGUGCAACACCAUCCUUUCCGUCCCGCCGCUCCCGUGUGUGCACCCACCGGCUUUCAGGUCCUCUUGGGACCGCAACUAGUCACAAGCGAGGAGACACAGCACGAUUCGAGGAUGGUGGAGUCUUCAAUAGUUCUGAGGAAAGCUGUGCCGAGGGCUGCGACAACUGCGGUCCAGUGA